AAUACUCGUAUUCAACUUUUGCAGAUGAUUACGGGCAGGUUUUAACUGAAGCCCAGUACAUACCGUUUGCUUUCCUGUCAACAGUUACCAUGCUUGCUAGCACGCAGUUGGACGGCGUUGCGCUUGUCGUCGGUUCAGGGCGAGGCAUUGGCCAGCAAGCCGCGCUCUCCCUGGCCGAAGCAGGUGCCAGAGUCGUCGUCUUCGCGGACAUCAACGAGGAGACGGCCAAAGAAUCAGCCGAGCAGAGUAAACAGUACGUCUCGAACAAGGACUACCAAGCCACCUUCUUCAAGGUGAACGUUAUAGAUGAAAAGCGCGUCCAGGAGAUGGUAGAUUUCGUGGUUCAAGAAUUCGGACGCCUAGAUUACUGCGUCAAUGGUGCUGGGAUUGACAACGGCGUCCAAACUCCGGUCGCCGACACAGAUAUCGAGAACUUCGACCGUAUCAUGAACAUCAAUGCCAAGGGUAUGAUGUUGUGUGUGCGUGCUCAGACAGCCGCCAUGCGCAAGCAAACCCCCAAGACCUUUCAAGGUCGCAAUGGAACCCGAGAUAUCGGUCGAGGAGCGAUUGUGAACAUCGCCUCGGCCCAUUCUUUCGUGGGCUUGCCGGGAAAGAUGUCAUACACCAUGUCAAAGCAUGCCGUUAUGGCAUUGACCAAGAUGGCGGGAAUGGACCAUGCGGCAGAAGGGGUCCGCUAUAACGCCGUGUGCCCGUCGUGGGUUCGGACGCCGAUGCUGGACAUCGAAAUAGAGAAGAACCCUGAAGUGCGCGAUACGAUCAAGGCCAUUGUUCCCAUUCAACGAGUGGCCGAAGGUGAGGAGGUUUCAGACACCAUUGCGUAUCUGCUGAGUCCGGCUGCGAGUUAUAUCACUGGUACGAGUAUUGUGAUCGACUCGGGCAUCACUACCACUGUUCGUCUUUUCUAGAAGAUAGCAUUAAUUUGAUAUUACUCUACCGCUUUC